AUGCCAGCGAUUCUCUCCCGUGUUGCUCCACGCAUUCAAUACAUUGCUCCAAGACUGAUGGCCACUGCCGCUCGCUUGGAGCCAGUUCAUAGAGAGGAUAUCCAGAAGGAAUACGACCCGAAGAAGACUUUCUACGUAAGUGAUCAGUGCCCAGGUUCUCAGAGAAUUUAUUUUUUUCAGCAUAGAGAUCUCGAGAUUCAACUCGCCAAACCCUCGCAGCUCAAGCGCAGACCGAUGGACCCUACCAAACUCAAGUUCGGCCACAGCUAUGCUGACUACAUGAUGACCUGCGAUUGGCACCAGGAUAAAGGAUGGGGAGCGCCCAAAAUCGAACCGAUUGGGCAGCUGAGCAUCCACCCAGGAGCUAAGGUAAAAGCACGAUCUUUGGCUUUUUUUAGCUUUCUGUGGGGCUUCAAUCAGAAAUGGCGCCGGCGCGUCAUUGUUUGUAGCGUUCAAUAGACUGAUAAGCGUGCAACUACUGUUUCAGGAAAGCGUUAUCAGUAGGGAAAUGAGCGAAAGUGCAUAUUUUAGCGAUUAUGUCAAUCAGGGUGAGAUGUAUCUCGAGACGUCACGUGGCAACAUUGGCACGGGCAAAAAGCGCACAUAUCUAUCUCUUGCGAGUUUUUCUAUCCGUCGGAGGUCGCAACUUUCAAAAAUGAUGCAACGACGUCACCUGUCGGCGCCAAAAGUUCAACGGCCCAGAAAUACAUCUAUCUUCUUGUUUCCCUGACCUCUCCGAGUCCAAUCUGUGAAACCUGAUAGGGUGGGCAUGUGGUGUGAACCGUGAAGUGAAAUGCGAAACGAGGGGAAACUAGAAAAUGAAUUGAUAUCACUUGAGCACAUGGGCUUAGCUUCUGGUUUAGCCGAUCAUAAAGCGAGGGAUGAUUAGCACGAGGAACUAGGAAACAUUAUCGGUCCAAAACACAUUUUAAAACUAAUUAGUUCCGUUGUUUUUUUUUCCAGGUUCUCCAUUACGCCAGUGAGCUGUUCGAAGGAAUGAAGGCCUACCGUGGUAUGGACAACAAAAUUCGGAUGUUCCGACCAGAGAUGAACAUGGCCCGAAUGAAGAGAACCGCUCUCCGCGCCGCCCUUCCGGUAAUUGACUUUCUACAUUCUUUGGCGCGUCGUAAAAACAAAAAAGGCAAAAGCGUGACGAGGAAGCCCAUUAAGUGAUACGCAUCUUAGUGUGGGCUCAAUCAACUUAGAGCACAUGCGAAGGAAGAAGUAAUUAGUUUGAAAGACGAGUAGCGCGAUAAAACAACUGACGACAAAAAAAGGAAGAGGGAGAAGGAAGUAACGGAAAGAACUUGCAGGACUUCGACGGUGAGGAGUUCAUCAAUGUGAUGACCGAGAUGCUCCGUUUGGACCAGGAAUGGGUUCCGCACUCGGACAUUUGCUCCCUCUACAUGCGUCCAACUCUCAUCGGAACUGACGUAAGGGAUCGAAAAGGAGAAAACCAUUAGAUGAAAGAAUCAUUGCAGCCAACGCUCGGCGUGGGAUGUGCUACCGAGGCCAAGAUGUUCGUGAUUACCGGACCUGUCGGAGCCUACUACCCAACCGGAUUCAACCCAGUCAACCUUCUCGCCGACUCCCGCUUUAUCCGCGCUUUCCCAGGAGGUGUCGGAGCCUACAAGAUGGGAUGCAACUACGCCCCGACCAUCUGGGUUGGAAAGGAGGCCGCCAGCAAAAACUGCCAACAAGUGCUGUGGCUGUACGGAGAAAACGAGGAUCUCACCGAAGUAGGAACCAUGAACAUCUUCCUGUUCUGGAAGAAUGAGGAGGGAGACUUGGAGCUGAUCACGCCGCCACUCCACAGAGGACUCAUCCUUCCGGGAGUCACCAGAGACUCACUGCUCGAGCUCGCAAGAGAAUGGGGAGAAUACAAGGUGACUGAGCGCACGUUGAACAUGAUCGAGGUGAAGAAGGCGAUCGCUGAGAAGAGGCUCUACGAGAUGUUCGGAUCGGGAACCGCUUGCGUCGUCUCGCCCGUCGGAAAGAUCCUCUACCACAACAAGAAGACGGACGAGUACGAGGAGCUCGUCAUUCCGACGAUGGCCAGCAAGUUCAACGUUAUGAAGAAGUUCUACCGCACGAUUAACGACAUUCAGGUGAGAAAACUGUUUGCAUCUGAACGAAUUCCAAUUUUUUUUUCAAUUUCAGUACGGACGAAUCAUCAAAGACGGAUGGAUGCGCGAAAUCUAA